UUUGUUUUCAGGGCAGAAUCGGGCAGUUUCCCCCCACGCACAUGUAUAAAGGCUGCAAAAUCGAGUGUUUCCACUGUUGGUGUUUCUUUUUGGCGAACACAUGUAGCAACGGUCGUGACAUGGUACAAUCAACAGUAAACCCUGAGGAGCUAGCUUAAUCGGAGUCUAUCCGCGUUUUGUAUCAAGUAAUUUUGACUCAACUACACAUUAAUCAUGGAGGCAAUAUUUCAUUGGGCAGAUUAUGUCGUACUGGUUGUCAUGUUGUUAGCUUCGGCCUCAAUCGGCAUCUUCUACGCUUUCCGUAGCAGAGGGCAGAAUUCAUCCGGAAACUUCAUGAUGGCCGAUAGAAAGAUGGGGUCUUUACCAGUUGGCAUUUCAAUGGUAGCCAGCCUCUUUUCGGGUAUUUACAUCCAGGGUAGCGUGUCGGAGACGUACUUCAGGGGGAUAAUUAAUUUCGCCGGCGCCGUCAUUCCUCUCACCAUCUCAGGGGUGAUUGCAGGCAGGAUCUUCAUGCCCAAAUUCUACGAAUUGGAACUAAAAACGGUAUAUCAGUAUCUUGAAUUACGCUUCGGUGUUACAGUUCGUAACUGCUGCCUGGUGUUAGGUUACGCUUUCGGGGUUAUGCAAUCCGGUUUGGUUACCUAUGCAGCCAGUCUUGUGCUCAGCACUGUGACUGGAUCCAAGCUGAGCGUGUUUACAUGUACAGUCAUUUUAUCUGCAGUUUGCACUUUUUACACCGUUAUUGGUGGCAUAAAGGCAGUGCUAUGGGCAGACUGCUUUCAGAUGUGUCUGGUAAUUGCGUCGUUAAUUGCUGCCGCUACUCAAGCCGUCAUACAGAUUGGCUUUGGUGAGAUCUGGUUGCGCAACCUUAACGGAGGGAGAAUCAAUUUUUUCAAUUUUGACCCGGAUCCCAGGGUUUACGUGACGUUCUGGACCGUUAUAAUUGGUGGCACCUUCAGCUGGCUUCCCCCUAUGUCAGUGCUUCAGAUCCAGGUACAAAGAUACGGAACGUGCAAAUCACAGCAGACUGCCCACAUGGCAUUUGGCGUCUUCGUUGCUGGUUGCAUCUUGUUGACAUCCCUGUGCGUAAUAGCCGGUGUGUCGAUGUACGCCCUCUACGUUGACUGUGAUCCUCUCUCGGCUGGAUAUCUUCGUGAAGCCGAUGGGCUUCUGCCUUACUACAUCUUGAAUGCAUUCCAGCAUCUUCCCGGCGUUCCAGGAUUAAUGAUUUCUGGUCUCUGCAGCGCUGCUCUUAGUACCACCUCUUCUAUCUUGAAUUCCAUCGCAACAAUUACUAGCGAACACGUCAUUUCCAACAUUUGGAAGGAUUUGCCAGAUUCAAGAUAUCUCAUGAUAACGAGACUUGUCGCCAUGAUCUUUGGAUGUGUGACAAUUGCCUCAGCGACGCUUGGUUCACGUAUUGGGAGCAUUUUUCCAGCAGUCAUCGGCGUCAUUGGUGUUUUUAAUGGCCCAAUCUUUGCUGUAUUUUUCCUGGGCCUAUUCUUCAGGAGAGCUAACUCACAGGGGACAAUCGUUGGUUUUGUUGUUGGAGCAUCCAUUGGCGUCUGGAUUUUCAUAGGUUCACUGAUCUAUCUGCCACUACCUGGUAGUUUGGAGCUGAGGACGGAUGGUUGUGAAGACUACGAUUUCGCAGCCAAUGCAACGACUGAUUCUUCAGUGAUGAAUGUUGUAACUACAAUGAUGUCUAUGGUUACCAACGAAUCUUCAACACUCGUGCCGCCAGUUGCUACUUCAAGGCCCUUCGUAAUAGAGUUGUACAAUAUAUCCCGGCUCUGGUACCCUACGCUGUGCAUCGUUCUCGUAGUGGUCGUUGGACUUGUAGCUAGUCUGAUAUUCGAAGCGAUUGCUGGCAAGCAAGAGGUUGAUUCCGCUCUACUGUGGAACUGGAGGGAAUCAUGUUGCUGCUGCCCGAAAACAUCACAAGAUGAUGAUAAGAAAGUGCGCAUCACACGCAUACAGAGCGUUAGCGCCACUUUUCCUGACGAUGCUGGGAAUAAGAAUCACGACGACUCGAAGGAAACUGGCUAUGCAAUGGGUGAACUCAGUAGCACAGCUGUAGAAUAAGUUGGGUAACGCCUAAAUAUUUGUACACAACUCGCGGUGUUUGAGUAAAACCACCCAACUUAUGAUACUAAUCGCUGUAGGCCUAUUAUUCGGGUUAAUUCUUUUGCCAUAGCGCAUUGUAAAGUCAUGUUUGUUCUGGGUUUUUUUUCUGUUUUUUUUUUUUUUUUUUUUUCAAUUCUGCCGGAGGCUAGGCCUAUUUGCUAUUAUUUUUUAGGGUGCUUUCUCAAUUUAUGCGACAUAAGGUUUUUUGGCAAGUGCUUUUUUGCAUGUACAAACAUUUAGUCGGACAAAACUAUAGCGUUUUGAUGUAGCUCAUCAUUCGGUUGUAAUAGUUGUAGACGACUACCAUGUUGAGAUUUGAAACAGUUAUGUGUGUGCCGCAGCAGUGAGCAUUGUUGUUGUAUGGUCAAAAUAAAAAGGUAAGUCUAGUGUUUAAAUUACAAGUUACAAGUUCCAAGCAAAUUGUUGGGAGAAACAGCUGACCGAGUUCACAGCUGAAAGUGUAAUAGAAUAACACAUGUCAAGAUAAUCUCAAGCUUAGGGUGCUUUUUGCAGCUAAGGGUGUCAGGUAAAGCGCAGUAAAUUUCACAGUGAAAGUUUUGUAAACUACCCCUUCAAAGCACAAUUAUACAACAUUUCCACUGUGAAAUUUACUGCACUUAAUCUGGCACCCUAGCUGUCAGAAAAGCACCGUAAUUUGUACGUCUUUUUUCUGUUUUUCUUUUUACGGUGUACGCUAGUAAACGGUGAUAGGAAACAAUCAAGGUUGCAAUAAGUAUUUGGGGUCAAAAUAUUCACAAGUAUAGAGAUAAAUGCCGUAUAGGUGUCCGGGAAGGUCCUCCUUCCAACGUGCUGAUUGUCACAUAGCAGUAUGAUAACGGUUGUCUAAUGAACGAUGAUGGAACACUUUUAGAUGCUAGGUGGCAGCAGACUAAUCAGUUCUGAGAAGGCGCAUCAAGGAGGACAUACUGAUUGACAUGAAUGCAGAAAUAUUUUCAUUUUGGUGUUUUGUAAUCUUUCCCGUGUUACCUCAGAAGUCAUGUAGGUUGAUUUAGUAAAGCGAUCUUUUUUUUCAACAGCUUAUAAAUAAUUUAUAAUAAACUAUUAUGAUAUUAUAACUAUUAUGGAAGGUUGGGGUACAAAGUGAGUUGUUAAUUAUAUUUGAGUAUAAUAAGGUUUGAUUUUAUUUUUUUAUUUUUCUUUAUUAAGAGUUUUGGUACUUUUUUUUGAACAAAAAAACACAAUGGCCACAUCAGGUUUACAUUAGAUUUUCAUUGUUUAUGUAUGACCCUAUGACCCUUUUUUCUAAAAAAGUUGUCGGAUUAUUUUAUCUUUUUAAUAUGAUAUGUAUAUAGAGACACGGUAAGUACGUCAAUAAUUAUUUGCGAUUCAGGGCGAAUGUUUGCGUUCCAUGAAUAUUGACUUCAAUAUUCACGUAAAUAUAUAUAUUCAAUGUCCCUUCAGGGCCAACAUGCAAACCAGACGUGCUCAGAAAUUGUAAGGGACAACAUGGACUCGGUAGCAGUAAAUUGUUUUUCUCUACCGGAGUAUUUUUACGGGCAAAUAAUGGCACUCUAUGCACCAUGUUUUCAGGUUAACAAAAUCAAGCAUUUAUAUACUUCUCAAUCACUUGCAAGAUGAGUGUGGUGAACAUAUAGAUAGGGACGUAUAGUUAAAUAAAAGUGUAUAUGUUUCUACAGAUGGUCAUUACAUAAACGGGUAAUUGGUUAAAUGGUGUAUAAAUAAAAAGUUCGAUUUUAAGGGUCGUCAUAUUAUUUUAGUAUAAAUCAAAACCUACAAAAAUAAGAACGAAACCAUUGUUUCUUAA